CUUUUUUGCAGUACAUGAGCUGUAAGAGUAAUGUUUGACGUACAAACCGAACAAUCAAAAUGGGAUUGGAAUCAAACUAUUAUUCUGCUUCAAAGGCAGUGUCCUUCAAGUAACGGCUAACACAUCUGACACUCUUCAAGAAGAGCAGAGCUUCCCUACAUGGAUUUACUUCAAGAGACCUGAAGACAUUCGUCUUGAUUGAUCUGAUCUCAUCUGAUUUGAACAAUGGAUGAUUUAACCCCUCCUUAGCAGACAUUAUUUAUCUUGCUAAAACUGUGCUGGACAGUAAACGUUAAAAGAAGCACAAACAAAAAACCCAAAGACGGGCAUGUUGGAUAACUCAAAGGUCUCCAUCGAGCUGGGUGUCGCCAGGCUCGAGAACGUCCCCGAACCCCAGAAACCACGUACGUCACUGAGAGAUGAGAACCGUCUUAGCGAGUCCCCCGCGUCCUUCAGUGGCAGCGCUCCCAACCCUGACGAGGAACGCAACAAUCGCAGCAGAAAUGCACUUAGCAAUAGCACUUCUUCUCAGAACAUCCCAGGCACUUCCACAGAUUGGACUGAACCCUAUGCCGCUAACAGAAGGUGCAGUUUGGCGACAUUAUCUGAGACCUCGAGGACUUCCAAUGCCACCACUGAGGUUUCUCAGGGCUCUCGCAGCUGGUUCAUAGUGGACGAUGAACCGAGAGAAUCCCAGCGGACGUCCGGCCGCGGCGCAUGCUCCUGUUUCCGCGUGGUGAACAUGGCGUUUCUGCGCUGUCUGGAGGAGACGCCGCUGCUGGUGUCUGGAGUAGUGCUGGCUAUCCUCUUCUGCAUCACCAUCAUCAUCAUCAUCCCCUCCACCGGCCGGGUGAAGUGUGUGUUUCUCUCACGCAUCCAGAGCCUCAUCGUUCACGUGGGGGCGUUUGCAGUGGUGUGUGUGGUGGUGUGUGUUUGCGUGUCUCUGCUGCUGUGUUUGCCGUGUUUGCCGGUGGUUCGGCGAGGAGAAACGCCUCUGGCACUCUUCAUCUGGUCCAUGCUCUUCAUCGUCGCCUUCGUCUUCAUCUUCACCGGAGGCACCGUCAUGGCCUGGGAGCAGGUUGCGUUCUUCCUCUUCCUGUCUCUGUCUGUUUAUACGGUUCUUCCUCUCCCGCUCUCAUGGGCUCUGAGCUUCGGCAUCGGAACCAGUGUUUGUCACAUCGUCGUCAUCAGUGCGUAUGUGUCUGUCACCAGCCCAUGGACACGAGACCUGGCCGUGCAGCUGGUGGCGAACGCAGUCCUGUUCAUGUGUGUUAACGGUGUGGGUGUGUUUCACCUGUGGCACACUGAACACGCUCACAGGAAGUCCAGCAAGAAGCGGGAGGACUUCAGCAGGAACCGUGCCACACAGGCCAAGCAGAAACGUGACCAGGAGCAUCUGCUGCUGUCGGUGCUGCCGCGAUACAUCGCCAUGGAGCUGAAGACGGAAAUCGUCAAGCGUCUGUCGGCUAAAUGCAGCGCUGAAGAGAACCGACCCAACUUCCACAGUCUCUACGUACGACAGCACAGAGACGUCAGUAUCCUGUACGCUGAUAUCGUGGGCUUCACGCACCUGUCCAGCACCUGCACACCUGUGGAGCUCGUGGCCGUCCUCAACAAACUCUUCGGCCGCUUUGACGACAUCGCUAAGAGGAAUGGCUGUUUGCGUAUUAAAAUCCUGGGCGACUGUUAUUACUGCGUGUCGGGUCUUCCUGACCCCAUCUCUCAUCACGCUCGCAACUGCGUUCAGAUGGGGCUGGACAUGUGCACGGCCAUAAAUAAGCUGAGGGAGGCGACGGACGUGAACAUCAACAUGCGUGUGGGCGUUCACACGGGGAACGUUCUGUGUGGCGUGAUCGGCCUUCAGAAGUGGCAGUACGACGUCUGGUCAGAUGACGUGACUCUAGCCAAUCACAUGGAGUCUGGAGGAGUGGCUGGGAAGGUCCACAUCACGGAGGAGACGUUCGCUCACCUGGACGGGAAAUAUCAGGUGGAGGAAGGAAACGGCGGGAGUCGUGAUUCCACGCUGAAGGGAAGGAGAACGUACCUGGUCAUCGAUCCUAAUACAGAAAACUACGAUACAACACCUCAGACUAACGAGCUGAAGGUGGACAACAAACCGGCAAACCGUCAGAAGCUCCGAGCGUCGGUUCGGAUGUCGCAGUACCUGCAGUCCUGGAGAUCCGUCAUACCGUUUUCUGGACUCAACCAACCAGAGGCUUCACUUGCAGUCCCGCCCACUGCUGACAGCAGCGCCAGCCAAUCACAGCCAGCCACGGAGAUCCCAGAGUUCAGCACUCCAAGAUCUUCCCAAGUUCUGGAAAACGGACUGAUGGACUCAUUAGACUCUCUGGAAAACGAAGGGAGACGAGCGAAGCUGAACAGUGUGACAUUAUUAUUUAACAAUUUUCAGCUGGAGAAACAGUAUUCGUUAAGUGAAGUCCAGGGGCUUCAUCGCUCUGUCAUAUGUUUGGUCUUCAUCUUCAUCUCUGUGUUUGUGGUUCAGAUGCUGACCUCGCAAAAAAACUUUGCGCUGGCAGUGUCGUACGGUGCCACCUUCCCUGUCCAAAUACUGAUUGUGCUUGUGGUCUUCACUAAAUUCCUGAAGCGCUGGCACUCGAAGUUUCCCCACAGCAUCCGCUGGGUCCCGACACUGUUUGACGGUGUAGCCACCAGGGCGGCGCUGCGACUGCUGCUGGUGUUUCUCUAUCUUCUCAUCAUGCUGCUCAUGGCAGUGCUGAACAUAGCUUUUAUCCCAGGUGAUAACUGUUUAAGUGUUUCCCACAAUGCAACAGUGCUGAACACUCUCAAUCUCUACACUGUCCCGUAUUAUCUGUACUGCUGUCUGCUGGCGAUGUUGGGCGUGAUUGUAUUUGUGCGUGUGAGCGUGUCUGUUAAAGUCUUCCUCCUGACCCUCGCUUUGGUGGUUUAUCUCGCGCUUUUCCUGCACGUUUACGCGCCUCGCUCCGACUGCUACAUCAAACAGCUCUACAGCGACAACAGCACGCCGGGAGUUCUUAAGGAGCCCAAGAUCAUGUCCGGCAUUUGGCUGGUCAUUUUCUACUUGAUUUCCCUUAUUCUCGUUCGACAGGAUGAGUUGGGCUCUCGGGCCGAGUUCCUGCUGGAGAAGUGCUUUAAUAAAGAGACGGAGGAGAUGGAGACGACCAAGAACGUCAACAGACUCCUGCUGCAGAACCUUCUGCCUGAACACGUCACAGACUUCUUCAUCGGCAAAGACAUCCAGAACCAGGACUUGUACAGUAAGUCGUGCGAGUGUGUUUGCGUGAUGUUCGCGUCCGUGCCGCAUUUCUUCAAGGAGUUUUACAACGAGAGCAGCGUCAACAAGGACGGCCUGGAGUGCCUUCGCUUCCUCAACGAGAUCAUUUCAGACUUUGACGAGCUCCUUAACAAGCCCAAGUUCAGCGCCGUGGAAAAGAUCAAGACCAUCGGCAGCACCUACAUGGCAGCGGCCGGACUGACCAAACCUGCCAAAGCAGAGGAGAGACAGAUCUGCGACGUGUCCUACAGUCACAUCCGCUGCAUGCUGGACUUCGCCAUCGCUCUGAUGGGGCGGCUGGAGAACAUCAACAUACACUCCUUCAACAGCUUCAAACUGAGGAUCGGUAUAAAUCACGGUCCCGUGAUCGCAGGCGUCAUCGGCGCUCAUAAACCUCAGUAUGACAUCUGGGGAAACACAGUGAAUGUGGCCAGCAGGAUGGACAGCACCGGAGUCCUGGAUAAAAUACAGGUGACGGAGGAGACGGCGCAGGUGGCUCAAACGCUGGGCUACAGCGUAACUCUGAGAGGAGUGGUCAACGUGAAGGGCAAAGGACAGCUGACCACGUACUUCAUCAACACCGAGCAUCCAGCGCAGUGACCACAGCAUCGAGACCAGUGGAGCAGAACGCUGUUAACAUCCAUCUGACGCAGACUGAGGCUGUGAAGAGUGUUUCACUAAGGUCCUCUGCGGUCUCACCUGAGGAGACUCAUCUGUUAGCGGUGACGCACUGAACUAGUUACCACUUAGAUUUAACCAAUUCUAGUACUUCUAAUGAAGGAAGAUUAGCGUUUGCUGUUCUUUGUGAAAAUGUUUUUUCUUUGUGAAGUUAAUCUAUUUUUUUAAACAAUGCAAAGUUGCCAACUUUUCUAAAUUUCCAAACUCCCGCAUGACUUUAGUUUUAUAUUGAAUUUCUAGUAUUUUCCAUAACUUGUGCACUUAUUUAUUAAUGGUUGUUAAUAUGUAUUUAAUGUUUUGUAAGUUUAAUGUGAAAAGACAAAGUGUAUAAUAUUAUAUGUAUAAAAUUUAUAAAAAAUGUUUCAUAAGAAGCAGUUGUUUGUUGUGUUUAAAAUGCAACCAUUUUUGUGACUAAGAAAGUAAUAAAUAAAGUGGCUGACUUAAAAAGAGA